CUGCAGGUUCCCAGCCGGCUGGGAAGGCACCGGCAUUUAGAAGGGGGAUGAUCCCCGCCGGCUCUGCGGCAGGAAAACUUGACCUUAAAAAGCCAGAAGCUUGUCCUUGCGGAGGGCCCGGCCCGGGAAGCGCGGGCCGCAGCUCUACCCCGCAAAGAACACUUAAGAGAACCCCCUCCGCCCCAAUCCCCUUGGCUUUAGAGAAGCUGCAGGAGCAACUCCUUCACGCUCCUCGCGUAUGGAUCUCUCUCCGCAAGGGCCGAAACAGAGGGAUCCUGGCUUAAGGCAAAUCGGGGGUUACAAGCGUGUUCUCACCCCUCGGGGCGAACUGGGAAAACGGUACCCUCGCGCCCGCGGCUCGGCUCUGCGCGCUGCGGCCGCGGGCCGUCUCCUAGGACCUACUCCGCGCCCAGUCGCGUCCGCUGCCCUUUCCCAGCGCGGGCCUCAGGGAACUUUGCAGCGUCCUGCCGCGGGCUAGGGUGCCGCGCGGAGCCUUGGAGUUGCGGCAUCGUCUAAGUGUACACCGGGGUCGCCCGCUUGCCCCGCGACUCUGCGAGCCCGCCAGUUUCCUUUGGGGACCCUCUGGCUCCUGGCGUUAAGCCAAGUGGGGGCUCAGUCCGGGAUCCCGAGGAGGCCCUCCCGGGCAGACGUCCCCACCCCCAUCCCCGAGAAGGACUUGGCGCCCAAGUUUUCCCUCGGGGAAAGUGAAAGUCGCGAGGAGAGGGUCGAGGUGUCCCGGCCACCCAGCGGCUGAAACAGGGGCACGGCGCCUACCACCACGGGAUACCCCCAACCCCGGGCGUUCCUCUCUUGCCUGCGUGGCCAAGUCGACUUACGCAAGGGACCCAGGGAGCCCCGAAUGAGGGGCCCCGCAGCUGCGGAGGCCAACCCGGUGGGAGUUGGGGCGGCCCACUCGCGACCUCCGCCUUGGUCGCCACCUCGGCCACACGCCCUGCCAGGCAGUUGCUUUCCCUCGGCCCGGGAUGGGAGAACGCGGAGCAGUCCCCGUGACGUGUGGAGAAAGGAGGAGCGCCGCCGCUGCGCUCCCGCAGAGGGAGUUCCCCGCCCUGCACUCCGGGGUCCCUGCGCCGCGCCGCGCCGCGCCACGCUUGGGACAGAAGUUCCGCUGCGCGCUCCGCUCCGGCAGGCGCUCGCCGCACCCAGGCCGAGCCACCCGGCUCUCUGCCGCUGCCCUAGCGUCAUCCAGGUUUGGUUCCUUCCCUGCAUUAAGCAGACAAGAAAUCCGAGAUCAGGAAAGCUAAGCGACUUGCCCAAAGUCGCUCAGAGGGCGGUGACAAAGCAGACUCACAUCUGCGACUCUCGGCUCCCCCGCGAACGCCAGGCUCCGGGAGGCUCCGGGCACUGCAGGAAUCAUCCAGCCGCGGCAGUAGGCGCGUUGUUCUCAUGGGAUGGUGAUGCCCCCGCCCCGCCGCCGCCGCCGCCGCCGCCGCCGCUGCUAACCACCAAAGCUUCUAUUUAUCCAUCCUGUGUGCUGUUUGCAGCCACUUAUGCAGAUUAA